CGACAACGGCAAUAUGCCACCAAUGUGCUCUCUCAAAGCCUUCUAUCGUCUACUAUCAGACUACAACCCACCACGGCAAAGUCCAGUAUGCCUGCCCAACCACUGACAAAAGCCCAACGCAUGGCCUACCGCGUCGCUCGCGGCGAAAUGGGCGUCCUCACAUUCGAGCCUUACAAAUCUGAAAUUUUACCCGUCUGGCGAUUCAAAACACCCGAAAUCGCACGAAAGUCUUCAUCAGAAAUCUACGAUAAGUUCCUUGCCUACUGCGAAGCUGACGACUUCAUCGGCAUGGACAUGUCACGGAAGUUCCUGCAGAUGGGCAUGACGCGCGCGAAGCGUUAUGCGAAUCACAAGGGAGGCAGGAAGUAUAACAAGGGGACGGGUGAGGAGCUGGACAAAGACAAGGAUUUCGAGGGUCGAGAUGAGAAACUGGAAGCAAGCCUCGUGUUCAAAGAAGUUUGGGAGAGAGUAAAGAGAUAUGAUGGCUACCAGGCGAAGAAGGAGAGGUUCUUGAAGGAACAGAAGGAGUGGGACAGAUUGAAAAAGAAAGCUGCACAGACAGGGGGCAAAGAGGAGGGAGAUUCCCGAAGAGCGGCCCACAUGGACACUUACUCAAAGCACACGUACUUGACAGGGCCCGCACAUCAGGUUCUACUCUAG